UUACAUGUAGAAUUAAUACAUCGGAAGGCAAUACUACGCUCUCGAUAAUUGAUUAAUCGACAGAGCACUUGUAGGCAGAGAGCCUAUGCGUUGACAACAGGUACGGAAGUACUGGCCAGGCAGGGGGGUUGAGCUUUGUGACAGAAAUGGUGCGCUAGUUUAUCUAGUUAUUACCACCGCGGCACAGCCAUUCCAACAGUGAUCAGAUCGAUUCUGUACAUGUACAUGAUGCUAUGAAGUCCCUUCACACCGAGGACAGAAAAUGGACCGUUCGGUUUGCUGUUGUGCCACCGCCUCGAAAAAUACCCACUUUCGUUGAGAGCGGAGGAAGAGCGCCGAGACACUCAAUUUGUGUCUGCUCCCUCUGCAGUUGACACUAAGCAGCAGACGACAGUAGCAGACGAAGAAGAGUGAAACGUAAUCUCAGAGAGAAUAUAACAACGAUUGUAUCCACUGGAAACAAGCAUUUAUAAAGCCAGUGUUCGCUAUCCUCAACAGCUGAUGCGUUGUUGUCAACUAUAUAUGACUAUAAAUCAUGCAUAAUUCUGUAUCGAUCGCUACAGACGAGUCCGCCGAUCUGACGCUUCGCCUCUUUCUAGCCUAGUUAUUGGUACCAUGCCUCGGCAACAGGCCAUGUGUGAUGGUAGCGGGCUUGCUGCAACACCAGAGGCCUGAUUCAUGGGACAAUUUGGAUAGGCUUGUCAUGGUCAAUAUGUGAGGCCACGUGUUGGGAUUCAAGUGACGCCAAUCUGAUACUCUCAGUCUUUCAUUAUUUGUGAUUUCGUCACCCUGACGUCAUGAGGCCUGCACUGCACGCCAACAUUCUGCGGCACCGCAGUCAGCGGGCCCGGCGACUAUACAACAGACCCCAUACCUUCUCCCUCGGUCGCUUGUUAAUGAUAAUACUUGUGGGAUCCAUCCUCUUUAUUCCGGGGCUGAUUUUGACGAUUCUCGGAAUACAACAGGCAAAGGACACUGACUCGAUGUCUCCUGGGAAAGGAAUCAUGUACAAAGCUAUAGGCCCUACUAUGUGCACUCUGGGUGUGGGCAUGCUGUUUGGAGCUGUGGUUUACUAUUGUUGCUACGGAAUGGGGGAUCAAACCCGGAGGGAGGCCAACCAGCAGGGUUCUGUGAUGUCAUCCGAUUCUAAAGGAAACCAGGGAACGCAUGCUAGUAUACGAAGUCACCAUGAAAAUGGUAGCCAUCUUGGAUCGCCUGAUGGAGUCAUUCGUCGCCCCAGUUACAAGGGAGAGCACCACUCUCCCCGGCACAUUCACCAUCACACAUCUCAGCACCAAUAUCACGCGAACAUGGGAUCUGAUGAAGAGGCAGUACCACUUGCUCCAUCGGAAAACUUCUCUACGAUAGACAGUUCGUCACCCUCCAAGCCCAUGGUGUCUAUAACAGUGGAAGAUGUGUCCGACUCGGCUCUGCGUCACUCACCGUCUAACGCAGAAGAGACGGAACUAAUGAUCAACGGAGGUGUAAGGACUGAUAGUGUUAAAGUCUGAAGUUUCAUCUAUUGUGAUGGGAGAUUACAUAAAUCCUGCUCAAACUAUAUUUUGUGGCCUUCUGACAGAAAGACUUUCCCAGGGCAGCAGGCUGAGCUAAACUAGACUGGUUGUGGAACUAAAGUCUAGAGCAUUAAGAUAGAUGUUGUAGUUGAUACAAAGUGGUGUGGUCUCAGCAAGUAGCGAGUUCUAUGUACGUCGGUAGUUGUAGCAGAGUCUAUGGGCAAUGCAGCGUACAGAAGGCGGAAGGCCCGGUGUCCCAAAAGUCCUGCACGAGCCGGAGAAGCACCUCAAAGCUGGAUACGAAUAUCACCUAUAUACGCAGCCACUUCGCAACGCACCAGUGGGAGGACGAUCUAGGAUACCGAAUUUGGUUUUAGAUUACAAUGGAUAGCCUACACGUAAUUUCUUCGCAUUUUUCAUUUGUGAAAGUGUUUUGGCGUCUUUUAAAACGUAGUUUGAACAUUUUGGGCACAUGUUUAUAUGUCCAUGCACCAGAGUCCCUGCUCACUGAUUCUGCCUCCAAUUUCAAUGGCUUCCACAUGGAAUAAUGUUAUGUGUCUCGUGUUUGUGUAUAUUUUACAAGUGGAAAAACGAACAAGUCAUCGACAUUGCGAUAUAUCACUAAGAAGACUAUGCGUCAUAUUUUUCAUGGCGUCGAAGCAGAGAACAGCCUAAUGUUGAUAUUCGAUCAGGGAAAUACCCAUGAUCCUCUUGUACAUAAUCACAAACAGUAGCACAUGUCAGUGAUGGACAAACUAAACUUUCAGUACAGCAAAUGUUACCCUAAGCCUUUUAAUCAACGUAUAACGGCACUAUAACAUUUUGCACAUGAACUAUUUUUCAAAUAUGUCAUUUGCAAGUUAUUUAGCAGGACUCGUAUAUAAUUGUACAUUGUGUGCAAGAUGUCAGUGUAGAUGUCUUCGCUUCCUUUCAGUCGUUGAUUUACAAUCAAUAUCGAUGUCUGAUGAAACUUGACUGGGAACUUUUACUUAGACAGUUCCGACUGCACAAUAACUGUUUUUGUGUUUGAUGAUACUUGUGUGCCCUGUUACCACUGAUGUUUGAACAUGAGACAUUUGGAGGAGAAUAACAGCGGGGCAUGUGGAGAAGCAUGGCAUGUACACAAGCAAGACGUGAUAUCACAGAGUCGGGAUACAAGGUCGUGUACUGAGAUGCUGGAGAUACACAUGUCCUGCACACAGUCCAAGCAGGGAGACACUUGGAUACCACGUGAUAUGUGUGGGAACUAUUUCACACAUCUAUUCAUGUAACGAAACCCUUGAAUUCUUCAUACCGUUUCCCCUCCAUCUCUCCACAUUCUUCAACCAACCUUGUCUAAACCUCUUACCUACCGUGCAUCUUCCUCUUCUAAAAUACCCCAUUCCUCCCUACUCCUCCCUCUGUCCUCCCAACCCUUCAAUACAUCUUAACUUUAACAUCCCUCUCAUCAACCUCCAUCUCCCUCCUUAGAUUGAUCGCUGUGUAGAGUUGCGUCCCUUGAUUGUUGGUUUGAAUCUCGGUUCGCCCCGACUAUGUUUCUAGGUUUGUCAGCACUAUAUCCGUGCUCGUGGGUUUCACCGAAGCGGCAAACGUCUGAGACCUGCAUCACUUCGGGCUUUCCUCCCACAUUAAGCUGACACGCUGUGAUAUAACUGGAAUACUGUUAAAAACGGCGUUAAACCCAACUCACUCACUCACUCACUCCUCAGAUUGAGGGCCACCCUUCAAAAUUCAAACCCCUCCUUUCUCCAUCUUGCCCCGUUUACCAACCCUCACUUCUCAUCCCUGUAUUUCGUCACGCGCCAACAUGACCCGGCAAACCCUAACUCCCAUAAAUCACCAUGUCAUCCUGCUCAGCCUACAAAGUUAACCCUCCUUUUCCAAAUCGCAUCCACAAUUCUUAGUCCCUCCCUGUUUACCUUGUCAUCCUUUUCAGACCUUCACAUCACCUCUCCUGAUCUUUCAAACCCUUCUCAAUCCACCCCCUUCUUCAAAUCGCCAAACUGUUCCUGUCAGCACCAUCCUUUAAUUUGCAACCAUCCUUCUAAUCCAUCAACCCCCCAGUGCUUCUCAGUCCAUCCCGUCUACUUUCCAUCCCUUCUCAACUCAUUCCUUUAACAUACAUUCUUGUCAACCAUCCUUCAACUUGUGGUUCUUUUCUCCUCGCCAUUCCUUAAUGCCAUAUCCCUCUUCUCUCCAUUCUUACCCCUCAAUCCUCCAUACAUCCCACUGGUCCCAUACUUUCAACACCCUCCAUACCUUCCUCCCCAUGUCCCGAAUUCAUCCUUUCAACUCCCCCUGAGAAACCUUUGAUCCCUCCUUCAGGUUUUAUCAUUAUCAUUACAUAACACUUUGUUCGCUUCACAAUGUUAACUAUGACGGUGUUUUAAACUGAUGUAUUUGAUGUUUGUUACAUUUUGACGUAAAAACAUAAACAUUACGCAUAUAUCAAAUUCGGACAACUUUGAUUUCUUUCUAGAAUGAAAGCACCAUGUUUGAUGAAUGAGUUUUAUUUAACUCUUAUUUUGUGAGUCUCUGGUAAAAAUUGCAAUAUUAUAUGUAGUACUUUUUUAUCUACUUUUUAGCCUUACGUGAGGCAAAUAUAUGACGUGUAUAUUUACAAUUUUAUGUCGUUUAAUCAAACUGAUAUUUUUACAGCACUUGGAUAGCUGUCACCUUGCCAUAAAUCACAUCUGUGCACGUCCAUGCUCCUCGAUCUAACACGAUAUAUUUGUGAGACAGACCUCUGGUUCAUGCACAACACAUGCAAAUUCACAUUCUAUGCUUCAAGCUUCAUGUUGCAAGUUGGAAGACCAAAGGGUUGCUUUGAGAUAACCAUAGUAGUCCUUGUAGGUCCACUUCAAGAUUCACCAGUUUUAGCUCGAUGGACUGUAGGGCUGAAUAAACGCAUUCAUAACGCAUGCAAUUUCUGCGUUGUAGAAGUGAAAAAUUGUAUUAUGGUAUUCACAAGCUGAUGCUGUUCAUGAACUUGGGGUGUGUCACGCGGCAAAUCGCCAAUACACAACCCACACACAAGCUUAUUCAGCUUUUUUAAUUUGUACUACGUUUGUUCAGGGGAAUGGCAUUGUCUUUAAACAAAGUGUACGAAGCGUUCUGCAGGACUGGUUGUAUACAUAGCCACUCUUUCAGGAUCAGUGAUGUUGAUUUUAGAACAUUCAAAAAUAUCAUACAGACAUUCGCCAGGAGUGACGAUAUUCAUUACCUCGCGAUAUUUGACACAUACGUUCAGCAGGAGUGGUGGUAUUCAUGAAGACACGUUCAGCAGGAGUGGUGGUAUUCAUGAAGACACGUUCAGCAGGAGUGAUGGUAUUCAUGAAGACACGUUCAGCAGGAGUGGUGGUAUUCAUGAAGACACGUUCAGCAGGAGUGAUGGUAUUCAUGAAGACACGUUCAGCAGGAGUGAUGGUAUUCAUGAAGACACGUUCAGCAGGAGUGAUGGUAUUCAUGAAGACACGUUCAGCAGGAGUGAUGGUAUUCAUGAAGACACGUUCAGAAGCACUUAAAGUAUUCAGAUGAACUCGGUAUGUCACUUGAUUGUUUUGCGGAAGUGACGGCAGUCAUAGCCCCGGAGUAUAUCACACACUCGUUCAGCAGGAGUGACGGCAGUUAUAGCCCCGAGAUAUGUCACACACUCGUUCAGCAGGAGUGACGGCAGUCAUAGCCCCGAGAUAUGUCACACACUCGUUCAGCAGGGGUGAUGGCAUUCAUAGCCCCGAGAUAUGUCACACACUCGUUCAGCAGGAGUGACGGCAUUCAUAGCCCCGAGAAAUGUCACAUACACGUUCAGCAGGAGUGAUGGCACUCUUUUCACCGAGAUAUGUCACACUCGUUCAGCAGGAGUGACCGCUUUCAUAUGCCGAGAUAUGUCACAUACUCGUUCGGAAAGGAAUGAUGGCAUUCUUUGCCCUGGGAUGUGUCACAUACUCGUUCAGCAGGAGUGACGGCAUUCAUAGCCCCGAGAUAUGUCACUCACUCGUUCAGCAGGAGUGUAGGCAUUCAAAGCCCCGAGGUAUGUCACAUACUCGUUCAGCAGGAGUGUAGGCAUUCAAAGCCUCGAUGUAUUCACACACUCGUUCAGCAGGAGUGACCGCAUUCAUAGCCCCGAGAUAUGUCACAUACUCGUUCAGCAGGAGUUAGGCAUUCAAAGCCCCGAGGUAUGUCACACACUCGUUCAGCAGGAGUGUAGGCAUUCAUAGCCCCGAGAUAUGUCACACACUCGUUCAGCAGGAGUGACGGCAUUCAUAGCCCCGAGAUAUGUCACACACUCGUUCAGCAGGAGUGACGGCAUUCAUAGCCCCGAGGUAUGUCACACACUCGUUCAGCAGGAAUGUAGGCAUUCAUAGCCCCGAGAUAUGUCACACACUCGUUCAGCAGGAGUGACGGCAUUCAUAGCCCCGAGGUAUGUCACACACUCGUUCAGCAGGAGUGUAGGCAUUCAUAGCCCCGAGAAAUGUCACAUACACGUUCAGCAGGAGUGAUGGCACUCUUUUCACCGAGAUAUGUCACACUCGUUCAGAAGGAGUGACCGCUUUCAUAUGCCGAGAUAUGUCACAUACUCGUUCGGAAAGGAAUGAUGGCAUUCUUUGCCCUGGGAUGUGUCACAUACUCGUUCAGCAGGAGUGACGGCAUUCAUAGCCCCGAGAUAUGUCACACACUCGUUCAGCAGGAGUGUAGGCAUUCAAAGCCCCGAGGUAUGUCACACACUCGUUCAGCAGGAGUGUAGGCAUUCAAAGCCUCGAUGUAUUCACACACUCGUUCAGCAGGAGUGACGGCAUUCAAAGCCCCGAGGUAUGUCACUCACUCGUUCAGCAGGAGUGUAGGCAUUCUAAGCCCCGAGGUAUGUCACACACUCGUUCAGCAGGAGUGACGGCAUUCAUAGCCCCGAGAUAUUUCACACGCUCGUUCAGCAGGAGUGAUGGCACUCUUUUCCCCGAGAUAUGUCACAUACUCGUUCAGCAGGAGUGAUGGCACUCUUUUCCCCGGGAUAUGUCACAUACUCGUUCAGCAGGAGUGUAGGCAUUCAAAGCCCCGAGAUAUGUCACACACUCGUUCAGCAGGAGUGUAGGCAUUCAAAGCCUCGAGGUAUUCACACACUCGUUCAGCAGGUGUGUAGGCAUUCAAAGCCUCGAGGUAUUCACACACACGUACAGCAGGAGUGCAGGCAUUUACAAAGCACAGAGGUAUACUUGUGACACUCGUCAAGUAAACGGGAUAUAGGUUUACUCCGGGUAUGUUACACACAUGUGGAGCAGUUGCUAUCAAGAAAAAUAUAAGUUGGCGCUCUGGUUAUUUUUCUCACGAAGCUACCCUCACGAUACGUCUACGCCUCUAUCCACUGAUAGUUUUUUCUCCUCUGUCAUACCAUUCAUUUAUUCAUAUUUUUUAAAUUUAAACACCCUCAGUUAUGUACAUGUAUGUAUAUAUGCUAAAAGUGUCAUCUUUUUACAAUAUGUCUCAAGAAGUUUUCUUCAUGACACGUUGUAUGUUGUAAUGAUCUGUCUUUUGAAAAAUAGACCUAAGACCAAUGAAUCUCUGAAAAUAAUGUUUUCGAGGAACUCUAUACUCUCUUCUACAUGCAUAGGUUUUUUGUCAAUGUGUUCUAACAUCAACAAUGUAAGUCUUUUUAGAUAUGUGUAUAUAUAUUUUGUUUAUAUUAAAUAAUUGUUUUGAAUAUAUUAUCUUUGGAAGAAAUAUGACGUUUGAAAUCACAAGAGCCGAUCUGAUUAUUUGCUGCCUGAAGAGAGCGGUUUGUAGUCUCGCUUGUGUGCACCAUUGUGUCCAGAUUGUUGACAACUUGAGACAUAAACAAGAUCGCUUAAUGGGGAGAGUUAAUGUCUCUCUUUCGUGUCACUGUCGGGGUCAUGUCAUGAUCUAUUAAAUAUGUCUACAUCAGCAGGUCUUACAUUAUUAACCAACUUAAUGUGGGCCUCCACAUUCAUCAAUAGGGAAAUGGGCAUUUAAUAUAUAAGAAUGUGUAAAACGAAAUUACACCGGGAAUAAGGAGCAACGUUUUUUCUACUCAAGCACACGCUUUCCUAUAAAAACGCCAUAUGACAUAUUCUCAACGGAAGUGUAAAUUAAUACAUUCGUUUAUCAAUUUUAUCUAUUUUUCUACUUCAUUUACUUUCAGGAACUCCCCCAAUUAUAAGUAAAAUAUAUCUGAGGAGCACGAUGCUGUGCUUGCGCCACUUUUCACAAAUCUCUAAUAGUGCUAAUAGCGUCUUAAGCCCCAUGCUAACACUGAUUUACGUAGUCGUAGUUAUGAGAACUUUAGCCAUAUUCCAGGUAAUGUUAAAGGAUGCCUAACACUAAAGAGGAUGGGGAGCGAAAGGUGCCGGUCGUGUUUAAUGAAGGUACCAUCUGGUAAACAACUUCAUCACCUCACUGUUGUGACAAAAGCCAGAGCGGUUUUUUCAAACGUUGGUUCUUUACGAGCUUGAGCAUCAGUAUGAUAGAUCGAGCAGUUCUGGCUAGUAUUUUUCGAUUGAUUUGUCUGCCAUGUUUGUACUUUAAUGUACAUGUAUAUUAUAACGACACUUUUUUAAUAACAUGCCAUUGAUAAGGAGAUUUAUUUUCACAUCAUCCUCAUAUUUGAUUUGUUUGCAGUGGUAUUCAACGUCCGGGUCAACAUGAUCAUUGUCGGACCAGGAACGUUCGUUUUUCAACGACAAUGUCUUUAUAACUGAUACACUUUUACUGUUAAUGUACGAUAUUAAACGAACCCGUACAGCUGUAUACUCGACAGAAAGGCCGUUGACAGCCUCUGACACCAACACGAUAUAUAUCUGUCAAGGUUUGCCUUCCACCUGUGUAUUGAACAUCAGAACCAGUUUUUUGUACAGGGGUAUCACUUGGUUUGAUCCUUACGCUAAAUAAAAUACCUUUAUUAUGAA